GUCGUCGUCGGCGCUGAUGCACGGCAGGAACCGUGAGGAAGCUGCUUCUGUCUUUUUCUGAUUGCAAGUGCGGAGCCGGCAGUCAAUACAUUCGAGAUGUAAUUUUAGCAGAAAUGAAGAACUAUAAACUUGCUGGCUAAGGCUAGAAGGCUCCAGAGUGAAACCUUUCCAAUGCUGUUCAAGAUGAACUAUCCUGGUUGCUUUGAAAUUCAGGUAGUGCUGCAAAAAGGAGUUCAAAGAACAUUUGCAGCAAGGAAACACAUUCCAUUUCAGCUCCAUUUGCAUCAUAGCAAGUGACUAAUUUUUAUGGGACUGGUUUUAAAAAAAAAUUGCAUGUUUUGGAACACAAUUGGAGCAUUGCAAAUGAUUGCUUGGAACUGCCACUGUAAAGUAAAAGAGCUAAUGCACCACUCUGCACUUUCAGAAAUCUCUUUUCACCAACGCACUGAAAUUUUGAGCAAACUCAAAAAAUGCAGUUUAAAUGGUUAAGAGUCCUUCUGCCAAAAAUGGAGAGACUUCCACAGAAGGAGAGUUUUGCUUGUACUACUUCAGAUAUUUCAAUGAAGUGUGGUACUGGAAGAAAGCAGACUGCAAGAAAGGCUGUAGUAACGAAGAACCUUCUUGAUCCUGCACAGCAAAAGUCAAAGCAGAAUCCUGGGAUGAGUAAAAGGAGAAUAGAAAUUUCUGAUCAUAGGAAAGGAUGUGGAAGACAGAUUACAGAAGUGUUAAUGUUUUGUGUUAAGUGUAAAGAUGUUCAGAAGUUCAGCUUUACAGAACUGAAGGAACACUGCCAACAGAAACAUCCUGAUGAUAAACCUAUGUUUGUCUGUAGCAGAUGUGGUUUCACUGUGUAUGAUGUGGAACGAAUGAAUGUACAUGCAAUUUCACACAAAGUAGACAGUCCAUUAAGCACAGGACCUGGUGAUGGCAAGGAAGAUUGGUCCUCAAAUGUAGAGGGAAAACAACAUAAAACAAGGCAUUUAAAGCCAGAUACCUUGUACUGUAAUAAAUGCAGGUUUUCAACAAAAGAUCCACUUCAGUUUCAAAAACACACACUGAGGCAUGAUGAAAUUCAGUAUAAAUGUGGACGAUGCAAUCAUGUUUGUUACACUAGGGGAGAAUUCCAGCGUCACUCUGUACAACAUACUGGAACAUUUCCCUUUAAAUGUAGGUAUUGUGAUUAUGGAGCAGUCCGAAAGGAUUAUGUUGUGAAGCAUACAAAGGGAGUGCAUAGAGACAUUGUUAAAAAUGGCGGAUCUGUCCUCGUUCUACCAAUGCGGAAAGGCCAUAAGAAGGCUUUCCCUAAACCUAAUAAUGACUUAAAAGGUAAGCAGACAACAACUACACAAAAUGAGAAUUCUGCCAACAUGACUUUAAAUGACCAGAUGUCAGAUUCGGUGAAUUUGGCUCCAAAUCCUAAUGGGACUUCCUGCCAAGUCCAGGACUUGGAUAUUGCUGUUCUUCCACAGACAGAUCUCACUGGUUCUGGUGAAAAUAAGAGCUGGGAUAAAACUGUAGAAUAUGCUAAACAUUUGAAUUGUUUUCCCACUGAUGCUAGAAAGAUUCGCUUACAGGUACUUGCAAAUUCUAAGCACACUGUUCAGCCUGGUACUCCACUAACAUUGGUUGCCCCAGCACAAGUGGUUAUUCCUUCAAAUUGUUUGGCUCAACUAAUAGAAAUAAAAUCUGUUAAUGGAAAGCAGCAGUUGGUGUUCAAGCUAAUACCACAAGCUUCAGCAGCUGCUUGCCCUGUGCUAGGCUCUGAUACAUCAGAAUCAGCUACCUUUUCUUCACAAGAAAUCCAACAAAAUGUGAAUAUAGAAAUUGCAAAUCAACAAAAGAAUAGCAUGUCAAGUAAUUCACCUACGUUUCUAACAAAAAAUGUUGACCAUAAUUUAUUUCCCCAUUUUGAUCAUUUGAAUGAAGGUUUUGAUGCAGACCAGAAUGGUAUGGAAAUUAAUACUAAAACCAUCUAUUCAAAUUCUCAAUCUUUAGGUGCUAUGACAAGAAGCUCUUCCACAUUAGAGUUCAGAAACAACAGUAGUCUAAAAUGGAAGCAAAAGGUAACUGCAGACCAGCUGCAAGUUAGAGAGUCAAUCACAACUGACUCAGCUUGGGGUUUACGGCAGAAUGGCUUUGUAUCACCAGAUGUUUUGGGAAAAACAGUGCAUUGUCUUCAGCGAGGUGUUUUAGAUGACAAAGCUACUGUACCUAAUUUGAAUUUAGAUACCCAAGAGAUAAUUAAUCAAGUUGAUAAUGAAUCCUUAACUUUCUCUGGAUGUAAGGAAAUGCAGAAAAGUAAAAUCCCAUAUUUAACUAAUGAAGUUGUGACCAGCAAAGGACAAGAAUCUCUUUCAAAUGGAGAGCAACCUUUCCUAUCAAGAUUCAACAAUACAUGCCUUGAAGUUACCUCUAUUGACAAAACGUUUGAGAAACCGUUUGCACAGUUGCCUAAGGUUAUGCAAGUGCUCCCAAAUACAAGUGUACGUUUGUGUGAUCGCCAAUUAAUAGGUUCUGGUUGCAAAACUGCAAUAAGAUCGGUGGAAUCGUUGCCAUUUGAUGGAACUAAAACUAAUACACAGCUUUGUAUUAAACCAGUCUGUACAUCACCUGAUACUGGUACGACUACACAGUUGCAGAUGUCUUCUACCUCUUCGCGGAAUAACACAUCUUCAUCUUCGCAAAGCUGUGGUCUUCAAAUGACCCCUAAUUUUUCACCUCUACAACCCAGCCUUGUAUCCAAAGCUACAAAUCACCCAGAGUAUUUGAAAUGUCAACGAACUGAAAUUGUUAACAAACAACCCAUUAAUCUUGAAGCUUGUAAAAUCCGAUCUCAAAAUCAAAGCAUGCGCUGUGCUGCAGUACAGAAUUUUAGAAAUACAUCUGCACCAUGCUUGCUUCCUCAAGGUUAUAAUGAAGUACACCACAUUGGCAGUUCAUUUUCUGCAUUGAGAAAGUGUGAAAAGAACAGGAAGAUGCCAGACUUGCCUCUUCAGCAGUUAAAUGCAUUGGAACGUCGAGAAAUCGAUGCAAAUGAUAGCAUCAAAUCAGGACACAAUAACCAAAUAUUGGUUACAAAAACGCAGAAAGAUUUACAAAAAAAUACUAAUUGUCCUAACUCAGCAGGAGCUCCUAUCAACCUGUUUACCACUAAGUCAACUAGCAGUCUGGCAGUCAUGAACAAAAUACACGAUGACAGUGAACUAGUUAAAGAGGGAUCUUUAUAUCUUAAUCCUGAUGCUCAGUAUGCACAGGGUACAUUGCAAGACACUACAGUUAAUGCAGACUUGAGUGAUUUCAGUAACCACUGUGAUUUGGAAGGCAAUGAGUCCCCUGAAGACCAUUUGGUUGAUACACAGUGGCCAAUAAUUUCCUCUGUCUUUUCUCUUAGCUGCGGUACAAAUGUUGUUCCAGAAAGUAUUCGAUGGGACAAUGACCAAGACAACACUCGCCCUUCAUUUGCUUCUGCACAGAUCCUUAAACCUCACCUAUGUUCUCUGAUUCAGGCAGAUAGUACAAGUCUGUCAAAUGCCCUUGAAGAAAGAAGUUCACUUAAAGGAUGCCAUAUAACUGAACCGUUAAGCCGUAAGAAUCCAGAGCAUAUAUCCAAAUCUGGAGAUGUAUGCCUCAGUACCACAGAAGUUCAGUCAGUGGUAAGUGGUAGCCCUUUUAAAGUAUCCAGAGACAGAAACUUGGCUGAGUGUCUUUCCUUAUUACCACCAGUGUCACCUAUUGAGAUUCAAGAUAGUUCUUCUGCACAUAGAUUUGAGCAAUUUGAUGAUGAUGUCCAGAUGAUCCAGGAUGCAUACAGUUUGUAUUCUGGUGAAUUUUCUUUAAAUCAAAAUAGUUCCAAUGUAUGUUUAGGACAGUCUCCCACAAGCAGUAAUAACACAGCAGUGGAGCAUUCCACCCAUGUCAAUAGUUUUGUACAGAUAAAGCAAUUAAGUAGCAUGCUUAGCUCUACUGAAAAUUCAUCAACUGAUGUGACACAGAACCACCAAACUAAACUUGUCUCACCCCCAAAACUAAAUGUUCUAAAUUUGUCCCCAGAUGAUGUAUCUAUUCAAAACAAGUCACUGCCAAACAUUCCAUUGUCAGAUGGACUUGGGAAACCUUCUAUUUCACAUAAUAUCAGUAGCAGCUUUCUACUUUCACCUUCUCCGUCAGGGGUAACAACAAAUGCCUUUAAAGAACAUGUUCAGAAUCAGGUUGACCUUGCAAAGAUUUGUGAACCUAAUGCUAGCAGUUCUGAGGGAGAUUCCUUUCAUCAGAAUAUUUGUCAUUUCUCAGAAGAGGUACAAAAAGAUAUGCCUAUAACUAGUGCUGUGACGUCCUCUGUGAAACUCUGCCACCAGUUUAGUUUGGAAAACAAAGAUUCUUUGUUUUCAUCAAGCUGCAAUUUUUGCACAAAUUCUAAAAAUGUUAACUCUACUAGUGCUGCUGAGAAACUUGAACAAGUACCUCAUAGCUUUGACCAAACACAGAAGCUUGCAGAAGAAUUAACGCUGCCACCUGCUACAAAAUUACAGAAUAUUUUACUAUCAUCCUCAUUUUCUGCAGGCAACCAAAGCAGUCAUACAAAAGUUCAAUUAAAGCCACCUGGUAACAUCAGUAGAACUCAUUCUAUGUUAUCUCCCAGUAUCAACCAAGGUCGAUGCUUUCCUCUACCAGGUGAUGCAUCUAAUCAGACUAAAUGUGUUAAUGAUCUUGUUAAUUUGCAAAAUACUGAUGAAAUUAAGAACAAUAAACCAAACUGUCUUUGGGAAAGUGGAUCUGGAAGUGUCAGCAUGGGGCAGAAUGUUCUGAAUCCACUUUCUCAAUUGCAAUCUACGUCAGAAAUUUCUUCUUUAUGUACUUCUGCAUUUCCAGUCUGUUCCAUGAAAACCCAAGUUAAUCAUGAAAGUACAUCAUCACCUCACCACCAAAUAAAAGAUCCUGACUGCUCUCGACAUGAAGCCACUUACAAGGUUGUUUCAAGUGGUAUUGUGCUUAGAGUAUUAAAUGCUGCUGAUGACUCCAAACAAAAAACUUCUACGGUAAGUUGCCAGACUGUCAACCAGUCGCAAAACUUGAGCGUAUUCUAUUCUUCAUCAGUUUUGGAAAGCACAGCAAGAAAAUCAGACAUGCAGGCACCAUUAGUGACAAAGAAGCGAAAAGAACCCGAGUCUGUAAAUAAUUGCUCUUCUAAGGCAAAAUAUCAGGCAAACAGGAACUGUGAUACAUCUGUUUUGGUUGACCAACCAAACGUAUUUAAUACUACUUCAAUUAAAUUAGUUGCUCGUCAGAAAUCUCAGCAGUUGAAGUGCAAUGAAGAAUUACCAUCAAAACGGAGGUGUACCAGGAAAGGAAAAGCUGAUCAAGUACAGCAUAAUGCUCUAAUAAAAAAGAUAGAGAAAAAAGACAAUCUUGUUCCUGUUGCAACUGAUACCUGUGAGCUAUUAAAGACUGCCCGUAAACUGAGACUCAAGCCAUUUAAUGACAGUCAGUUGGUGAAGUGCCCUCGUCGCAAUCAGCCUGUAGUUGUGUUAAACCAUCCAGAUGUAGAUGUUCAAGAGGUAACUAAUGUAAUGCAAACCAUAGGCAAGUACAGAGGACAUGUACUGAAAGUGGUUUUAUCUGAGAGAACAGUCAUUUCUCUCAAUUUAAAGAAAAAGCAACAAAGACAAGAGGUUGGAAAUCAAAGUAUUUCCCAUGAUAAAUGGCAUAACUGCAAGGUGGUCAGUCCAGCGAAGGAAAGGCUUAUGUUGAAAAUGAAACUCAAAAAGAUUCACAAAAAUAACUAUCAGAUUGUGAAACAUACUCAAAAUGAACAUUUGCAGUUUAAAUUCCACUGUUGGUUUUGUGGACGUAUGUUUUGUGAUCAAGAAGAAUGGAUUGCUCAUGGGCAACGCCAUUUAAUGGAAGCCACCCGGGAUUGGAAUGAUGUUACCACCAUUCAAGAAACUACAGAAAGUGGAGCUGAAGUACUGAAUGUAGAAAGGAAAUCUAAUAUAUAAUUUCAGAUCUAGAGACUUAAAGUCUCUAGUUGGUUUUGACCUAGAAUGCACACAAUGUGGAUUCAUUCACCUUGGCUCACUUACUGGCUUGAAAUCUUUAAAUGCUGCUUUUUACUCUGUUGAUCUAAAGUAAAUUAUACCUUGCCAAUGAAUGAUAAGCUGACUGCAGUCUGCUGUUCCUUGGGCAAAGUGGAGUGCAGAAAAGUCAGGAAAGCUAUUCUAUAAUUUAUCAUUGAAGAAUUGCAAUUGGAAGCAAGAUCUGAAUGUUCUAAUGUAAUGCCAAUCACAAGAAAAUGAUACUGAAUGUAGAAUGAGGGAUUUGUAUUUAGAGGUUUUUAAUUUUGACUGCUAAAUUCUGUAUUAAUUUUACUCUUAUUUAAUACUUAACAUUUUGUAGAGUUGGAGUAAACUAACUUGUGAAACAAGUGCUUUUUUUGCACAAUUUUGAAAUAUUUUACAUUGCCAUUUUAUUAGUUCAUUAGUGUACUCAAUGAAAUGUUGCAUGUUCAUUUCUGAUGUAUAGGGCCAGAUGAUGUCUGCAAUAUGAAACUUGUGUACACCAUUUAGAUGAAUAUGCCUAGAAAUUCAUCCCCAUCAGCAGUGUUAAAUGGUAGUGGUGGUGUACUCUGCCUCAGAAGUUCCAUUCCAUUGGAAUGAAUUAGGGAUUUGGUGUACAACACAUUGGGUUUUAGUUUUAUACUAUAAUAAAAUUGACAAAUUUGAAUAUGAUAUUUGAUUUCAAUUGAAUGGAUGUUUGGAGGCGGUGUGCUGAGAUUAGCUAUAUAGCAAAUUUAGUGUUCCCAAAUGGAUGAAUUUCAAGGCAAUAAUUUGUAAAGUAGGUUAAACACUACAGUUAAAUGUAUUCAGAAAAUUGAUGUUUCUUGCAUUUGUCUGUUUGAUAUUUGACAUAAUAAA